CUCUCUCGGACGACUCGUGGACUCAGAAUGAGCCAGCUCUGAUCAGACGGAGGUGAUCUCUGGAAUUGCUCAGUGAGCACCCCUAAUUUGCCUGAUUCACAUUCUGUCAAUCACACCUAAUGGACUCCAAUCAGAAAGCAAGUGGGGAUGGACUGGUGGGGAAUCAAAAGGAAGCGGCUUUACGGAACCUGGUCCAAAGAACUGGAUACCAGUUGAAACAGGAGAAUGGUCAGCGACGUUACGGUGGACCUCCGCCUGGUUGGGAUGGAUCUCCACCUGAAAGGGGCAGUGAGAUAUUUGUGGGGAAACUACCCAGAGAUCUAUUUGAGGACGAGCUGGUUCCCCUGUGUGAGAAGUUUGGAAAACUCUACGAAGUGAGGAUGAUGAUGGACUUCAACGGAAAUAACAGAGGCUACGCCUUUGUCACCUUCAGCAACAAACAGGAAGCCAAAGCAGCCAUGAAACAGCUCAACAACUAUGAGAUCAGGAAUGGGCGUCUCCUCGGUGUUUGUGCCAGUGUCGAUAACUGUCGUCUGUUUGUGGGGGGCAUUCCAAAAACAAAGAAGCGUGAGGAGAUCCUAACAGAGAUGAGAAAGGUCACAGAUGGAGUCAUGGAUGUCAUUGUUUACCCCAGCGCAGCAGACAAAUCCAAGAACCGAGGAUUCGCCUUUGUGGAAUACGAGAGUCAUCGAGCAGCUGCCAUGGCCCGACGCAAAUUGCUACCAGGUCGGAUCCAGCUGUGGGGCCAUCCCAUUGCUGUAGACUGGGCAGAGCCUGAGGUGGAGGUGGAUGAGGAUACCAUGGCAACUGUCAAGAUUCUGUACGUGAGGAACCUGAUGCUGCAGACAACAGAAGAAACCAUUGAGAAAGAAUUCAACAGCAUCAAACUAGGAGCAGUGGAGCGAGUUAAGAAGAUUAGAGAUUAUGCCUUCGUCCAUUUCAGUCAGCGAGAAGACGCCAUCAACGCUAUGAAGGCUCUGAAUGGGAAGGUGGUAGACGGCUCUCCCAUUGAAGUGACUCUGGCCAAACCGGUGGACAAAGACAGCUACGUCCGAUACACCAGAGGGACUGGAGGAAGAGGGGGCUCAGUUCUACAGACUGACUACACCACCUAUGCUCUGGGUCAGGUUCUGGAGGAGUUGUGUCAGAAGAAUAACUGGGGCCAACCGGUCUAUCAGCUCCACUCAGCCAUCAGUCCAGACCAGAGACAGCUGUUCCUCUAUAAGAUCACCAUCCCAGCCCUGGCCUCUCAGCUCCACACAGCACAUCCCUUCACUCCUGCCAAGCUGUGUGCGUCUGUCGAAGAAGCUAAAGUCCACGCAGCCGAACACACGCUGCAGAUCCUCGGCCUGCAGACUGAGGGUGCCGCUGAAGGCAGCUGUGCUGCUGCAGCGGCCGUGGCCUCGGUAACCUUCCCAGGCUUUGCUCUGGCGAGCCCGGCAUCGUCCGUGGUUGCCUCCCAGCUGAAGCAGGCGGCCUCUCUGGGUCAAGACCUGACUGCCUACACCACCUUCGAAGGUUACCCUGCAUUUGCUGUGGCGGCGCGGCACGCCGACGGAUAUGGCGUUUUCUAGAACAUCAGUUCCAGAGAAGAAAAGCUGCAUUUACACUUCACUGCUUCUAUCAGCUGAUCAGUAAAUCUGAUUAUUGAUCCCAGAUCAGGCCUUCAUUGGUGUUCAGCAUCUUUAGAGCAGAUUUGUGUGAAUGCACCUUUAAACUGCUGGGUCCAGUCUUCACAGCAGAUCAAGCUUCUAACAAGUUUUAAAAUCUUUGGAGUUUGAUGGUAAAAAAAACCCCACAGUAGGAGAAAAUAUCUUACCUGUCAGCUGCCCAGAAACCAGACCCUCCACUGUCCCGUCCCUCGCUUCUUUAUCUCCUUCAUCUCACCUGUUUCUACUCGUUAAUUAAACCAAUUAUCUGCCUGUUAAUUGAAUCAGUUAUCUGCUUGUUAGUGAAAGCUCAUUCUGGGUCAUGGAAGAUUUUUAAUAAAUAAAUCAGAUUCAACUGAUUAGUCUAACAGAUUUUUGUUUUAGGCCAAUAAAACUAAAAUUUUGUUGAAUUAAACAAAGUUUACUUUAAAACCUAUAAACCUGAAAA